AUGUCUACCAAGAUACUGUCUUUAAACAGCACGGUUUUCAAAUGGAUGAAAACGUUUCACACCAGCUGUCCACGAGGGUUUAGGUAAGACACGCCGGAUAACUUUUUGGUAAUGUGUAAACUUUUAUAUAAACUGCUUAUACAACAACCAUGCAUGCAGCAUAACUUCCUCAUUUUUAACUUCCACAGAACUGCAGCUGCGUCUCUUAGUUCCGUCAGUUUGAAGGGUCGAAGCUUCCUAACUUUGAAAGAUUUCAGCCCAGAUGAAAUCAAGAGGCUGCUGUGGGUCUCAGGAGACCUCAAACAUCGGAUCAAACAUGAAAAACAGGUAGCUGGUGUUUGCUAACAUCUGUUGACUGCAGUGUGCAUUUGCAAAUGUUCUCAGUUGUAACUGUCAAGGUCAAUCUUCAGUGUCUGAAGCUAACUUUCUUCUCCAUUUUAGUAUCUUCCUCUUCUCCAGGGGAAGUCCAUUGCCAUGAUAUUUGAGAAGAGGAGCACCAGAACAAGAAUGUCUACAGAAACAGGUGUCCCUUAUGUAUUCAUAUAUCUUCAAAUGGUUUAUGACAUGUGCUGUAUUGAAACUUAUAUGUAAAAACAUUAAAGUGGCACAAUGCAGUCACCAUGCAGUUGUUAGAUUAACCCAUUAGAUACACAUUGAUAGAAUGAAUGUAAUAGGGUUCUAGUAUCUCAUAAAUUUAGCCUGGCUGUUUUGAUCCAUUAGUAGCUUUAGCAAUGUAAAUGCCACCCCUUGUUUUUGACACAAAAGAACUGCUGAAAGGGGACUUUGAAAGCACCAUGGGAACAAUGCUGUUUGCACCUAAACUGCAUCCAUACCCCACUCCUAUGCUGAACUUGGUGUGGGCUUAAAAGACAGUUUCUAUUUGAGGAUGAUUCAGUGUUUUUACUCCAGGUUUUGCUUUGCUUGGCGGGCACCCCUGUUUCCUCAAAUCUGAGGACAUCCACCUUGGAGUGAACGAGAGUAGCACAGACACAGCUAGGUAUGAAAUUCAUUAUGGUUUUGUUCUUUACCAUGUGGGUUACAUAUCUCCACUCCUUAUUUGUCUGUUAAUCUCAAAAAAAUCUUAAUCAGCAUGGUGUUUUUUAAGGCAGCGCUGCUUCACUUGUAUAAUAUUGCUUUGGUCCUCUGCUGCUUUUAAUAACUAAAAGGAAAGAUUAGAUUUUGUGGAUCACCACAUGAACCAAUUUUACAUGCACCCCUGUGUAAUCUCUAACCCCCCGCCACAGGGUUCUCUCAGGGCUGUGUGAUAUUGUCUUGGCACGAGUGUAUAGCCACUCCACACUGGAAGAACUGGAUAAGGAGGCCUCCAUCCCCAUCAUUAAUGGCCUGUCUGACCUCAGCCACCCAAUCCAGAUCCUAGCUGACUACCUCACUUUGCAGGUAAUGUAGCAGCUUCCUGGCAUCCUGCUGUUUAAAUAAUUGAGAUGAUAAAGUCAGCUUGUUUUUCAAAUAUUUCCUCCCAGGAACAUUAUGGCUCCCUGAGUGGACUAACAGUCAGCUGGAUUGGAGAUGGGAACAAUGUCCUCCACUCCUUCAUGAUGUCAGCAGCCAAACUAGGAAUACAUCUGAAGAUUGCUACACCAAAGGUUUGCUUCUUUUUAUGUGGGAACAUCAACUGUAACUGUCUUAUCAUUGCUAGAGUUGAUCCUUUCCACAGAAUAUCCUGGGGAACUAAAAAUAUAUUGUUUUCUUUUUAUAAAAUAUAUGAAUAUUCAGCAACUGAUCUACAUUUUUACUUUAAUUUGUAGGGAUAUGAACCAGAGAAAAGUGUAAUUGAAGAGGCACAAAGACUCUCCAAAGAGGUGAAUUAUUGUUCAUGUGUCCUAGCUUUAAACAAACCUCUUGUCAAAAGACGUCUCAUUAAUUCAUAAAAUUGUAUUUUGUCUCAGCACGGGACCAAGCUGGUUCUGACCAAUGACCCCAUGGAGGCUGCCCAUGGCAGCAAUGUUUUGGUCACUAGCACCUGGGUUAGCAUGGGGCAGGAGGAGGAGAAAAAAAGAGGCUUAAUGACUUUAAAGGUUACCAAAUUACUAUGCAGGUAAGAUGUGGGGAGUUUUACAAAUAUAAAGAUGCACAUUUUGACUUGAACACUUUCUCUAUGGCUCAGAAAGAAAGAGGAGUCAAUCAUUACAUAUCAGUAGCGUUUAGAGAUGGAAGGCGUUUUCUGCUAUGUAAAAGACACUGAACUUUAAUUCAGAGCAAACUUAUGUUUUGUCUUUAAUAGACUAUAGUUUUCUGAAAAAUGAGAAAGUGAGGUGAUGUGAUUUUCAUUAACAAAACAUGUCUUUAUGUCAUAUAUAUAAACACACAUUAUGGACCGUUUUAUUUUGGAGAAACUACCUCUGAACUGAUCCAAAUCAGUCAUUUGUCAGCCAAAUAUGUGUGAGCAUAGGAGAUGUUUGAUUCCAGUUUUGAAUUGAUUCAAGGUAUUAACAUAAAACAGCUUCUGGAAAACAAAAGAGAAAUGGACCCGCACUGCAAACAAAAAGAAACUGUAAUGUAUUUAACAUAUAUGUAUAUCUGACUAGCCAUUAUUGUUGCAUUACUCCAUCCUGACUUUCUCACUCAUCUACAGACAGCACGUGGAGCCAAACCAGACUGGACCUUCCUGCACUGUCUUCCACGGAAAAUGGGGGAGGUGGAGGUGGAUGACGAGGUAUUCUACUCUCCCCGUUCACUUGUCUUUCCUGAGGCAGAGAACAGGAAAUGGACCAACAUGGUGAGCAGCCUUGAGAAAAACUCACCAUUAUUUAACAUAUAAUUUUAUACAUAAGUAGGUUCAUUUAGACCCAUAGUCAGCUUUUACUCUCUCUCUCUUCUAAUCAUGACAUCCUUUUUCUCUUACAGGGUCUGGUGGUUUCUCUUCUGA